AUGGCGAGCAAGAAAGUGCGGCAAAAAAUCAGCUAUGUCCUCGAGAUCGACCCGCUGUCGGUCGGCCACCGGCUGGGGGUGAACGGCCUGGCUUACGACAGCGACAACUCCAUCUUGUAUUCUGGCGGCCGCGAUGGCGUAGUGUGUGCGUGGGACAUGCACCUCGACCAGCCGAAGACAUCAAGCGACGCCGACAAGGCCAACGAUAACGAUACGGCACCGAAGCCAGUGCAGGCCGCAGAUACGACCACCGACGGAUCGCCGCCCAAGCCGGCUGUUUCCCCCGCACGACAGACGGCGACGUCCCGCGCGCAGACACAAGCGCACAUGCACUGGAUUAACGACAUUGUCUUGGCGCAGAACAACUCAGUGCUGGUGACGGCGUCGUCAGACCUGCUGGUGAAGGCGUGGAGGCCGCGGGCCGGUGAUAACAACGACGAACCAGCGAUCCUAGGUCGGCACGAGGACUACGCCAAGUGCGUGGCGUCGCCGGGGCAGCAGGCGACAUGGGUGGCGUCGGGCGGGCUGGACCGGCGCAUCCGGCUGUGGGACCUGCAGGGUGGUGGCAACACGAACCAGAUUCUGGAGAUUGAUGUCAGCGGCGAGGAGCGGGCGGAAAAGGGGUCCGUGUAUGCGUUGCGGGCGACACACAGCCUGCUCGCCAGCGGCGGGCCCGAGUCGACGGUACGGCUAUGGGACCCGCGGACAGGCAAGAACAUCACCAAGUUUGUCGGCCACACAGACAACGUGCGGGCGAUCCUGAUCAACGGGGCAGGCGACACGGUGCUGACGGCCAGCUCAGACCAGACAGUCAAGGUGUGGAGCGUGACGGCCGGUCGCUGUAUGCACACGCUGACGAUGCACAACGACAGUGUCUGGUCGCUGUAUGCAGAUCGUCCGGACCUGGGCAUCUUUUACAGCGGUGACCGGUCUGGGCUCGUGGUCAAGACAGAUGUGCGUGGCAGCCUCAAUGACAUGGACGCCGGCUUCUCAGUGGCUGUGGCGCAAGAACACGGUGGAGUCAACAAGGUGGUCGCUAGCGAUGGCUUCAUCUGGACAUCGACAUCGAGCUCGUCGAUCAACCGAUGGCGAGAUGUCGACACGGGUGCGGCGCUGCAGCGGUUACAACAGCAGCAGCUGCAACAGUCACCGCGGCCGUUUUCGCCGGCAGACACGAUGCGUCCGCACAGCUCUUCCGUGUCGACGGUGAAGUCGGGUGGUGGCGGUGGUGGCAUUGCGACGUUAGCUGUGGCGGUGACGGCCGGCCCAGAGAUUCCCCCGCGGUCGAUCCUGCGCAUCUCCAACACGGCGACGUUUCCGCGGUUGGUCUCGACCGAUACUCUCACGUUGUCGGGCAGCAGCGUGCACGGACGCAAGAACUCGGAGGUGGCGACAAUGGCAGACGAGGAGACUGCGACGGCCGAAGAGGUUGGCAUCGAGCCGAUCCAGCGGCUUCCGGUAGAGACGAUCGAGGGCAACUUCGGACUUGUCAAGCACCGGCUGCUGAACGACAGGCGGCGAGCACUGACGCUGGACACGGCGGGUGAGGUGCUGCUGUGGGAUCUGAUCCGCUGCAAGCAGCUGCGUCGGUUCGGCAAGAGACACCUCGAAGAUGUGGAGCCGGAGGUCAACACGACGGAGGCGGUGGCGCCGUGGUGCUCGAUCGACGUCAGUUCGGGAAAUCUGAUGGUGGUGCUGGAUGCGUACAACUGCUUCGAUGCCGAGAUGUAUGCGGACGAGCUCGUGCUGGACGAGCCGUUUGCAUUCCGCGAGGACCAACGGAUCAAUCUGGGCAAGUGGAUUCUGCGAUACCUGUUUGCCAACCUGAUCGAUGAGGAGGUACGGCGCGACGACGUGUAUCUUGCCAAGAUCAACGAAGUGAUCGACAAGCGUAUCGAAGCAGCAGCGUUGGCGGCAGCGGCAGCAGCCGAGGCGGCGGCGAUGAGCAUGCUGGACGUGGGAAGCAACGGCAGCGACGGGACGGGCGACAAGCGUGGGUCGCAAGCGAGCAGGUCGUCGGCGGAGCGGGAAGAGAACGGGCUGAACGGAACGUCGUCGAACGAUGGUAGCAACGGUCCCGGGCUGUUUCUGAGCAAGACGACAACGGGAUUUGCAGGUGCCGAGGCAUCCGAUGGGGCCAAAGACGCAAACACGACAGCCAAGUCGCCGGGAACGCCGUUUGGCAAGAAGUUUCGGAUGGGCAUGUCGUUUGGCACCAAGAAGCUGGGGCGGUCGGCGUCGACGAGCGUGCCGGAAAAGACGGCUGGAGCGGCUGCAGGGGCGACACCAGCAGCAGGAGUGGACGGGACGGUGGAGGAGGGAUUGGAGACAGGGUCGAGUUCGGCAGCAGAUUCAGAUGCGUCAUUCGUCGGGGUAGUGCAGCGGAUGCGGGCUGAGUAUGAACGACAGCUGGCGGCGACAGCAACGGCGACGGCAGACCAGCAGACAUUGGCGCGGGUGGAGUCGCGGAUCACGCCGUGUCCGGUGGACGAAGCACCGCCUCUGCAGCUGCCGGCCAACACAAUGGUGAUGAUCCACGAAGAACUGCAGGGCGGCAGCAUGGAGGUGUAUCGGGGGACGAUUGCGACGGCGGGACGGUCGCGUGACGUGGACAAGAUCGAGCGGUGUGCGCCGCGAUGGCUGGCAGAGGCGCUGCUGGCAAACAGCGCAGUGGGAAAGGAGUCAUACAAGGUGUCGUUUAUCCUGUUGCCGUAUCGGAAGGAGGGGGCGGCCGAGGCGACGUUGCCCAACGUGGCGACACCAGACGGCAGCAGCCGGUUGAACGCGAAUCGGAUGCUGCGGGUGAAGAAGAUCUUGGCGUAUGUAUCGGAGAAGAUUGAAGGGCCAGUGGAGGGGGCGGAGCAGUCGGAAGCAGUACCGGGAGACGGAGAGGUGGGCGAGGAAAAAGGGGGGACGGAGAAGAAGGAGGAGUCUGUCGAGGUCGGAGAGGCUGCAGAGGCGACAGAAACUGGCCAAGGUGCAGAGAUGGUGGAAACAGCCGAGACGAGCGGUCCAGUGCUGCGGCCAGAGGAGUAUCUGGAGCUGUACUGCAACGAGCAGCUGACAGUGGCGAACAGCGUUUGCCGGACUCGAUGA